AUGCUGCGGGCUGUUGCGCGCCGGGUUGUGCUCUGCCUCACAUUCUUCUGCACCUUCCUCGCACUGCCCGCAGGCUCUCCUCCCUUCAUGGCAUUUUCCAGCACGCACAAGAAGACAGCAGAGCUCAGAAGAACCACAAGGAACCCAAACAUGGAGCCAGGCAUGAGCAGCUACCUCUUCGAGCCUUACACCCCACCUCCCUUCGAUCCCGCGCUGAGACAGCACGCCUACUUUACCGCCAAGGACAGCCUGCUCAUGGAUAAAAUCUUCAAGGUGACAAAGUUCGCGCACCUCCGCGCCGCCCCCACCCUCAGCAGCUUGAUCCCUGCAGGUACGUGGGGCAACUGGGGCGGCAUCCCAGACACCACAUCCCCAGCCAUGGUGGGCUGGGACUUUGACUGGAAGAGUCAGCUUGAGGAGGAUAUGCGCAUGACAGCAGCUGUCGAGCGAAGGGUGGAGAAGCAGAUGAACGCUGUCGAUCGCUAUAUCCUGUGCCAAGACCGCAAAAAAGACCAUCUGGAAGAGGAAAGCUCCCUCGAGUCAGGCCCUCCAAGGAAGCGUGCCAAGCUCGGUCCAGACGCGCGCCGCGCAGCGAGUGUGAGCGCUCCGUCCUCCUCCACAGCCGCGUCCUCCUCCACAGCCGCGUACCCGUAG